AUGGCCCCUUACGCGCCUGACUGGCUCACAGGUGCUGUGACGAAGAAAAAGAAGAAGCAGGUCGCCAAAUCGCCUGAGGGCAAGAUGUCGACACCUGACAGCAAGCCGAGCCAGAGCGUCAACGUUUCUGAGAAGAAAAAGAAGAAGAGUAAAGGUAAGAAGAAGGCUAAGGCUCGCGCUGAGAGCCCAGCCACUUCCGCAAGGGAUGAGACCGUCGUCACCGUCGAAGAGAUUGAUGCUCAAGAGGAAGACAUGGUCAAGAUCAAGCAGGAGCCUGUAAGCCCGACUUUCCCCAUGGCCAUUGUCUUCCAAGAGGCCGUCGCACCUGAUGGCUCUGUCGCAGACGAGCAUUAUUCGACUCCUUUGCAGUCGCCGGUCCCCGCAAAGUCCGGAUUGACCAAGGAAAACGUCCCACUUCGUUCAGACAGUCACAUCCCACUUCCGCGAAACCCUCUCUAUGAGCAUGCGAAGAGGUCCGCUUCACCCUCUCCAAGCUCCCAGCUUCAGGUCGGGAAUCCUGCUGCCCUGAUGACACUGGUCAACAACAUCAAUGCUAGAGAUGAGAAGAAUAUCACUUCGCAAGCUAGGUCGCCUCACAAGCUCCAAAAGUUGACUCCCGUCCCGAACUACACUCUGGACCAGAACUUCCCGCCUACUUCGCCUCUCAACUCCAAGACUCCCGGACCGAUGCCCAGGAUGAUGCAGUACGACUAUUCGCCGAACAACUUUUCGCCCUCCAAAUCGAACAAAUGCACUCCGGUUCCGUUGCCGAAAAUCAAGGGUUUUCCGGCUGCUCCCAAACUCGGCACUCCAUUCAGGGCUGAAGUUGGAACAGAAGUCGAUCCGCUCACUCCGGCUGACGUUGAUGAGAUUCUGGACCGCGUGAUGGCAAAGAACGACAGCGACAACGAGCACGGAGAUACCGAGAUGCCCCACGCGGAAGAGCAUGUCGUCGUCAGCCCUGCGGUUGGCAAAAAUGGCGUUGCUAAUGGUGAAGAGUCAGAUGUUGAGAUGACCACUAUCAUCGAGGAUGAGCAGCACGGAGAUUCAGCCGCUGAGACUGCUCCAAGAAAGAGCAAAAAGUCCAAAAAAGACAAGAAGCGGCGCUUUGAAGAAUCCAACGCCUUGGACAACGAUGAGUCCAUCGCCGUCUCCGCUUCUAAGAAGGCGAAGAAAACCAAACAUAAGAAGGACAAGAAGAAGAGUGUCGAGGAGGAGCACGGGAACGCCAUGGACCUCGAUGUAACUACACCAGUUGACGAUACCACGAUGGUUGGCGAGACCACGCAAGCCGAGGUGGACUUGCAACUCAUGCAGCUUAACGACGCUGAGUACCGCGGUGCUCCUGAGACUGUUUCGGCACCCAAAGAUAUGAAGGAGCUCAUUGCUGAGCGUGAAGUUACGGAGAUCGUCAAUAAGCCCGCCUCUACUCUCAAGAAGAAGAAGAGCAAGAAGGGCCGCAAGGCUAAGAAGACCCAAGACGAGGUUGAGGAGCACCAGAUCAUCGAUAUCGACGAGGUUGUCGCUCCCAACAUCUAUGUCACCCACCCUGAGCAGUCCACGAAGGGUGACCAGGUUGCCGAUACAGUUGCUGCGACCCAGUCUUCGCCCGCACCUGAAGCACAAGUGACCAAGAAAGACGGCAAGGAAGAGGGGGUUUCCACCGAACCGAAGCCUCAGGAGCCAGAGAUCGAGCCCGAGCAGGAGGACACCGCCGCGACCAUGACCGCCUCCAACGUCGCCGCUACCAUGACCACCAAUCCGCUGCUCGCCAUUGCCAAGCAAGUAGUCAAGUUCAACAACAAUCUCUCCUUUCAAUCCGAAACCUUCCAAGGUGAAUUGUUCACCAUCAAACAGAACCUCGCCGCCCUGGAGCAGCGCAUUGAAGCCAACGAGCUCCGUGCCUCUAUACGCCAGGACAUUUUGUUCAAUGCCCUGAAACGGAUUUCGAUGGACGUCAACAAGCUCAGCACCCUCAAGGUCAGAGGUGAAGCCCAGGUUAAGGCCGACCACAAUGGCCACCACAGCAACGGCAGCCCUGAUUCUUCGCCCAUUGGUCUGGCUCGCUCAGUCCGCGCUACGACCGUUGGUCCUCGGGGAUCUGUUCACAGCGUCACGCCGAUUCCGCUUCCCAAGCUUGGGAAGAGGGCCGUCAGUAGCCAUCAUCGUGAGACGCCGGCUUCGGGUACUGGUGCUGCUAAGGUUGCCGGCACUGCUGCCAUCGCGGAGGCUCGCAAAAAUCAGGAUAAGUUGCUGAAGGGUUUCACGGAGGAUUUGAAUGCCGCAAAGGAUGCGAAGACGGCGGAGAUCAAGGGACGGUUGUGCGUCAAGUAUGCUGAUGAUUUGUUCAAGAUGUUUUGA